GAAGCAUGACAAAAAUCGAGCACAGGUACCGCCUUUCGCUGUUCUCAUCUAUCUGCCUUAUUGAAGCUGGUUCUGUUGAGUCGUAUCUGUCCUCUGGUCGGUUUAGUUGUACGAGAGAAUGCCGAAUAACAAAAGUCAUCGUGUCGUUCGUGAUCGUGAUCGUUCGUUGGACUCAGUCCAUGUCUUGAUGAUUAAUCUGUCGCUCCUUCUUCUGUUAGUUGUCGUGGCGUCUGAUCUGAGGGAUGAGUGCACGAGCUGGUGGGUUAAGGGAAGGAACAUGUUACUCGUCUUUCCGCUAUGCCCUCUUCGCGCGCAGGGUUCAGGGUCACCCGGCCAUGAUCCAUGGCCUGGUGGUUAGGGGUUUGGAUGCGAUCGCCAGUAGGGUUAGGUAUGGUGAACCGGCGCUCUUGGUCUUCCCUAACGCAGUGGCCUACUGAUGAUGCGAGCACCCCCCAGUGCUCUUCCACCUCUGGAGCCUGGGGAGUGGGACGCCAAGGGCGGAAGCAUCCCGUCGACGCUUCUUGUAGAUAUUUAUAUAAAUAUUUAGCUUAUCAUAGUUGUUCGCGCUCGGCUUUUUCCUUGUGUCAUGACUGUUCCUCACGAGAGAUGAGCGGAGAGCAGCGUCGCUAGUUCUAGUCCUCGAUACCAACUUUCCCUUCAUGCUCGAAUAUCAAUGUUAUCAGGGACCACCUUGGAGCACUGCUUUAACCUACAUUCAAAGUACCUCUCUUGCACGAAAUCAAAAUUGUCCCUCUAUCUAUAAUAUACUUACGUAUACUAGCAGUACCUCUUCUUGUUCUUAGUUUCUUGCAAAUCAAUUUAUUGUUCUCACAUUUUCCCUCUAUCAAUAAUCUCUUGUAGGUGUACCUUUCCUACGAUUCUCUUGCACAACAUUUACUACCCUUCUAGCAGUUCCUAAAGCUUACAGUAUCUUCUCAGCUGAGUGCUAGCAGCAUCUAGGGACGAAAAAUUAGAUGACCACGUCGUUGACUUGUCAAGGUGAAGAACCUCCUGUUUUGCGAGUCGGAGUAGCUGCUGACGUUGUUCUUUUACCUGGUCCUGGAGCCUCCAUCUGUUCUUUUACAGCUGCUAUUCCGAGUAGCAGUAGUGGUAGUCAGGAGUUAAAGAACGACGACAUCUUCAACAUGAUGCCGCCUGAUGAUGCCUCUUCUUCUGCAUGUGCAUCGUCCUCAUACAACUGGUUUUGCUGUAAGAGGAUGCGCAAACACCCACUUUUAGUACAAGGGGACAAGACCAUGAAUUAAGGCUCAAAAGAACCUAAUAGUUAGGUGAGAAUUCCGUUAAAGUACUGCCGCGCUGGACUGGUCGUAGUGAUUUCGUAGGAAAGUCCCGUACUCCUGCCUGACUCAGUCAAUCACUUCAAAGUUAAUCACUUUGCAACGUGCUCAUCAAGAUCAGGAUCAUGGGGCUUCUGGAACAACUUUCUAUUUACACACAAGCAACUUAUAUAUCUAGCUGGGAUUCACUCACGCGUAGUUAGGUUCUUGCGGGUUGCAGUAGCUAGUUCUAAUAAAGGCGCGAGCUAAUCCAGAAGAUCCAGACCGGAAUCAACAAGGUCGACAUCAGCAUUAUGAAGUGGAAGUGAUUCAUUUUCACAGGAGUAUGAUAUCAAACGCAUACAUAUUGAUAAUACUGGUUCCAGUUUUUUGAUUUUGGUAAUUAUGCAGGACAAGACGAAGCUACAACUUAUUUAAUGAAGUCAAAGUUGUAAUGUCCGACGUGGUAUUAGAGAAUGUUCACGAACAUGGUCCAUGAGAGACGAACAAUGAUGGUGAUCGUGUCACGGUGGUGAUCAUGAUGGUUGGACUGUAUAGGUAUUGCCUAUUUUCGUACUAUUCUAAGCAACUCCUAUGUCUGUACUACCGCGUCGGUUGUAGUCUAUGACAAUGGCAGCACUGUAAAUAACUUCUCGUCUACGGUUGUACUGUAUAACCAUUGUAUUGUAUAACUCUAACAGCCAGCGGCCGCGGACUUCAACAUCCUGCUCCUCAACAAAAAUGAUGUGCAAACGAAAGAAGCUCAGUAAUUUCGCAAGCAAUAUUAAGGCUAACUUCCGACUAAAUAAAAACCAGUAAAGCACUUAUACCCCACGAUUGGGCACCCUGCUACUGCUACUGCUCCUUCCCCUAUUAAUGUCUUACAUUGUAAUGAUCCAUCUUCAGAUAGUCUCAAAAAUAAAUGCUGACUGGGUAGGUUUCAAAGCUCAGUCAUGUACAAAGGAGCAUCCUAAGUGGAGUUUUCACGAGUCGCACUCGCAUCUUAAGCGGGAAACUAGGAAUAAAGUAGUUGUUUUCACGAGUCGCGUCCUAAGUAGGGAAAUAGAAGGAAAGCAGUAGCUUUCAAGUAGGGAUAACGCGAAGGGGGUUGAAGUUCGUCCAUCAGGAUAUUGCACCACUAACUAUUCCUCGAGGGAGGCCCUUUCAAGGGUCCUUCUGCACAUUCUUAUAGAUACUCAACCCUCCUACGACUUUCUUAACCCCUUAACAUAUAUACGAAUCGCGAGGUCGCGAGCUCCUCUUCCUCUAAGACUAGGAUGAGGAAUAUACGAGGACAAGGCAGAGCAGACGGCAGUUGCUGUGCUGUUCUUGAUGUUGCUGCACUUAUGGCAGCUUUUUGUUACCUCCGUGUAAUUCAUCCUAAGAUUGAUAGAAGCAGCUUUGACUUUGACUCCUUAACGACUCAAGCAGGGCAAAAAAAAUUCAAACGCUGCAUCAAAGAUGCUUUUAUUCAAAUGCUGCGUCAACUUCUGCAGGUAAGCCUGCACUGAACCUUGUGCGAGAUUUAUUGCAUUGCGUCUAUUGUAUAAGGUCUAAUGUACUUCUAGUCUAUUACCUGUUGGCUGCAGAUGCUGCAGUUGUCCUGGUCACAAUGCUAGUGUGGGACAUGGAUCUUCCUCGUUAAGGCAUAUCCUCAAAAUUGUCUUCGUCCUUUCGGAAACAAACGAGUCCAUACUAGGCCCAAAAUGUAGCCUUCAAGUAGAUCAUGGAACCUUUGUCUUCAAGUAGAUGACGUCGGCAAUUCAACUAAUAUUCCAGUAGAUGAUGGGCUCGUCCUCUUCGUUGUAUUCUUAUCUUUGUUCUACCUAACCGCCUCAAGACUGUCUCUCUUUUAUAUAAUCGAGUUCGAGAAAUAUCGUCACUUCAUCUGAAGGCGAAGAUAAGCGAAAAAGGCUCAUCAGUUUAUCUGAGGGCGAAGAUCAUGCCAUCUCUAUGCUGGAUCUUGAGCUUACGCCAGAUCUAUUCGAUAAACGGAAAAAAUAAGCUUUCACUUCAAUUAUCUGGAGUAUUAAGUAGUUUAAUUUAUUUAACGUAAUUCUGUAUCUGCUUUACUUAUGAUCUUCAUCCUGACAACAUUUCCAAGAGUGCCCAAAAAUGUUUCCAAUGGUACCCAAAUACAUACUCAAGGCUUGCCCUGGAUACUCCUGCUCUAAAAGAAUCGUAGCACAGGUGGAGGGGGUUUCUUCGUUGCAGCUACGAUUCCAGUGCGCUGUAUGGACGUCGUCGCCGCGGGCUCAAAUAUGAUGGUCGCUGAGCUUAUGAAGAUGUUGUGUCUCGACGUUUCAGCGGUUAUUUCGUCACUUUGGUGUGUCUAUCUAAAUUAAUGCGCGGCGCGAAACGUGCAUUUCCCUGCUUUGAUUUGUUUCUUUACUAACUAGAAGGACCCGAAAGGACUCACUGCGCAGGGCCCAUAACCUAGCCUAGUAACCGAAGUGCAUCAGUGACUACAUUUAGACGGUGAGCUGUGAUUUAAUCCUGGGAAGAAAAAUUAUACGAAAAAUAGAACUUAUACGAAAAUAGGUACUUCUACUUGUUCUGAAAAAAAUUAAAGUUAUUCAAAUAUUGCAAGCGCGGUAGCGCAGACUCCUAGUCGCAGUGGCCUAUUGACUCCACAAAAGCCCAUAGCCUUUGUUAUGCGUGACUUUUUAGUUUGUUGGCCAAUGGUCGCUAGUCUGACCUAUCCCGCCGCCUAAAAAGAGAUGCCUGGCCCGUCAAUGAUCUCUCAAUCUGUUAAUCCUGGUCUUGGAAGUAUCUGGCCCUCUCAUGCGUCAGGCGAGGCUGCAGGUGAAGAUGUCUGGUUCUAGAUAGGUCAUAGCGCUCCGGAAAUUAAGGAGCCUGCCCUGCGUGUUCUCUUACGUUCGGCGUGAUUUAGCUGUGGCGCUCUUGUGUUCAUAUCAUAAGAAAUCGCGUUAGAAAUUUGGGAGCCGGUUUGUCGCGGCCCUUCUAUUUCCUAGGGAACGAAUGACGACAAAAUGCGAAGGGGCCGCGGUGGUCUCUCCUUCAGUUCACGACUGGAGUGACUGCGACACGGUUUCCCCUCUGGUUUGCGUCGUGUCCUCAGGCCAAAUAUCAGGGCCAGAAACAGCCAGAGAUCUCGCGACGCGUUUCAAGUGCGUGCGGUGUGCUAUUGUUUUCAGGCAGUCCAUUUCUGGCGUGGCGUGUUCGGGUUUGUCCGGCGUAGUGACUUAUUAUCAUAGAGCAACUGCUUAGGACUACAGUUAAGGCAAGGCGACUAGUUUCAGGCGCCGCGUCGUAGUGGUAGUGCGUUAGAAAUGUACUAAAGGCCAUGCUGAAAGAGUACGCCCCAGCCGGUUUCACUUUCCACAUGAAGAACUAGUUACAUUAGUACCUAGCAUUUCCGCCCUAAGACUUAAAUUUUUGCUUAAUUAUAUUCAUACGUCCCCUUAUAUAUCAGGUUUGUCCAGUUGCUUAGGCGUUGGCCUGUUCACUCAUCAACAUUUUUAGAGGUACCGCAAGCAUUAGCAUCCCCUAGAGCAUCCUUGGCGCCUCUUUCAAGUGGAAAGGGAGCCAAGGAUGAUGUGAAAGAGCUUUGCUAAGGGGGAAGCAAACCCAACAUCAUGGAGGAGUGAGUGCUCUACCUUUCGCUGCUACUAUGGGGCCUUUAGUUUUAAACUAUUCAAGAACAAGAGUAACAAUAUGUGGGGUGGGGGCUUUUACUUUUACUUUUACUAGGGAGCUUCAACUAAUGAUCUAAUAUUCUGGCGCGACAACUUGAGGAAGCCCAGAAAAAUUCGAUGACUGAUGAAGCAGCGAAAAUAAUGGUAGUUGUACAGAGACUGCAAGCCGCCUACAAAAAGGGCGGUGAUCAGGGUCCGAGCCCAGACCCCAAGCUAGAAAUUUUCUCGCUUGUCAUAGUAAGGCUCAUAGCAGUCAACAACCUACUUAAUCGAAUACCAAGACUCUUUAUGCCCAGCUAGUAAAAUAAGCGAGUGCCAUAGCUACCAACACAGAAAUAAGCGGGGAGUAUCUGAAAAGGCUGUUUCACAUGAGCUUACUUCACAUGAGCGUGACAACUUCAUCUAUGACAGGAAAAAGCGUACGCAUACUCAAGAAAAGAGGCACUUUCCGAUGUAAAACGUAGGUAAUUUCUUGAGGAUGAGUACACUUUUUUCCUCCGUAUCAUCUACUCGUGAUCUACUAUCGACAAGAGCUUACUAAACUACUUUCUGUACAUCUGGUUCCAGACUUCCUUCUUUUGUACUUUCUAUGGCCAGAAGUAGAAGCAGCGGGUUACAACUAGAAUGAAAAAUGCUACUUGAGCAGCAUCCCUGAGCUGAAUGGGUAUCCCUCUGAAGAUGUGGCCUCGCAACUACGAAACUCGACGAGAAAGGAAUGCUCGGUAGCGGUAGCUCUAAUGAUCCCGCCGUACUGUGGAAAUUAUAUUUAUGCCACAAACAGUCUGCACAAAACUACAACAGUCGCACUAACUUCUCACGCCUUGUUGCGUUGUAUUGAAAUCUGAGAAAUAGAAAAGAAGUGAGCAGCCUCCAGGUGUGCGUGUCUGGAAGUAGGGGCCCGGCGUGAAUGAUAGUCCUUUCAGGCAGUCAAUUUUUGGGCAUGAAGAUACUUUUGCGCGAACAUUACAAUGAAACGUAUUGCAUCUAUUACACCUGUGCCUAAAAUUGUGUUUGUCAACCGGUCGCGACUCUUCUUCAUGUUAACCCUGGAUACCCGGAAAGCCCAGAGUUGGAGAAGCGCAAAGACGCAUACAUCCAAGCAUUUGAACAGAAAACUGUGGACUUAUGGGCGAGAAGUUCUUUGAGAUGGUCUUGUUGUGAAAUGGUCGCAUUCUUAGCGUGAAAUAGGUGGUCUGAUUUGCGUGUACUAUGCCUUUAUCGGACGGAGGAGAACGCAAUAGAUUCAAAAUGUCGAAGGAGGUGGAUCAAUUUCUGUCCUACCCUAUCUCGAUCUGGUAGCUUAACUCAAUACUCACUGACGUUUGACUCAGGCAGGGGUCCGUUCUAUGUCGUGUAUAAUGAUGUAACCCAUAAACUGAGACUAACCCUAACCAAGCCUAACGAUUAUAAUAUAUUAGAGUAGUUUAUAGACGGUGGGAAGGUGGGCGACGCUGGGCCGCUGGGCGGCCACGCUUGGCACGGUGGGCGGACCCUUGGCACACAUGGGGGGCACGCUGGGCGCGUAUAGCGUUGCCCCGCUGCGUCGCCAAUGUGCAAGGCCGCAGUCGAGGGCGGCGCGGCGCUGUGCUCCUUUCCGGGGUGGCCACGUUCUCGCUGCUUGCGGUGCUUCGCUGCUGUAUGCAGUGCCGCCUGGGUGUGUAGAGUGCGGCGCAGCGCUGCAGUGUGCCGCAGUGCUCUGCUGCAAUGUGCGGCCAGUGCUGCUGAGGGAUAUCCCCAGGCGGGCCAGUAGGUGGGCGCCCCGAUUCGUAUGCAGCUUGCUGCGGAUCCAGGGCGCAUGCGCUUACUCUGCCGGGUGGCUUCAAAAAUGGGCGCCUGAAAGGCGCCCCGAUUUUUGGCCCCAAGUGUCACGGUGGGCGCACGGUGGGUGACAUCUUUCGCAGAAGACCCACCUUUGGGCCGCCCAGCGGCCCAGCGUGCCAAGCGUGCCCACCGAUCCAAUCCUGGAGAGGGAGUAAACUUCCUUGAUAUAUGUUCCAGGGAUCAGGGCUGAAGGCCCCCCCCGAAUCUAACUCUUUGAGGGGGGGGCCUCCAGCCCCCGGCCCCUUUUUCGAGGGGCUGCCGGGUGGGAAGCGAGGCCUCGAAGCGCCCACCCCUGACCCGUCCCCGCUUCUUGCCUGGACCCUCCAGCGCCACCAUGCCGAAGGCCGUUGAAGCACUGAGGGACGGACUUGGAAGGCUUCAAAAUGUGGCAAAGGUGGCAAGGCUGGACCCCCUUGGCGUGUUGCCUGUACCCUCAAGGCUGGGCCCCCUUUGGCGUGUUGCGUGUACCCUACAGACCUGGCGAAGGCGGCAAGGCUGGACCCCUUUGGCGUGUUGCGUGUGCCCUGCAGACCUGCCGAAGGUCGCAAGGGUGGACCCCCUUGGCGUGUUGCGUGUACCCUACAGACCUGUCGAAGGCGGCAAGAUUGGACCCCCUUGGCGUGCUGCGUGUACCCUACAGACCUGACAAAGGUGGCAAGGCUGGACCCCACCCCCUUGGCGUGGUGCAUGCACCCGCCAGACUUUGCUUGGGGUGCCUCCCUUCUUUCGGCUCUUUUUGCCGCUCUCUUCCUCCACUGUGAGACGCCAGGAGCCACCACCCACGCCACGCGUGGGCGCUUCUCGUCGCUCGUUCUGCUCUCGUCUCCUCGUUCUGCUCUCGUUCCUCGUUCUUCUCUCGUUCCUCGUUCUGCUCUCGUCCCUCGUUCUUCUCUCCUCGCUCGUUCUGCUCUCGUCCCUCGUUCUUCUCUCCUCGCUCGUUCUGCUCUCGUCGCUCUUCCAACACUGUGCUGCACCACAGACCAUACCACAGGGAGGAAGGCCUCCCUCCCUGGUGCAUUAUAUACAUAGUAAAUUGAUACUCUUGGCAUUGGGUUUGCGUUUGCCUAGCUCUUUCUACAUGAGUUGAAAUUUUUAACCUUGUUGAUUCGAGAGUACUUCCAUACAUUGGUUGCUGAAUCUCAAGUACAUUUUGUUAUUAGAAGACACCUAUAUGAGCAUAUGCAUAGGCAUACUAAACGAUGCAUAAUAAAUUAGAUCGUUUUCUUUUAUACCUCUAGACUGGGCACGCUCCUGCUACUACUACUACUACCUCCGACCCCGUUCAUUGUGCGAAAAAAUUCAAUAUAUGAUCACGCCAAAAAUGCAGGCCGACAGUCAGGCCAGCAUCGCGGCUGACCCCGCGAAGUUUGCCGAGCAGUGCUGCCUACCUGGAACACAUGAUACCAACUUUCUAGCAAAGGACUUAAGGCUAAUAGAUCUAAAAAGUUGGAGGCUGUUGCAUUUGUACUAUCCUUGUACCUUUUGUACAGCUAAAGCUAUCCACCUGUACUUUUGUUGAGUACAGUACUACUAGAACAAUUAAUAUACGUAUCUUCAAAUACAGAAGAUUGCUCACGACCAUCGCGUUUUAAUACGGGAACGCUUUGAAAAUCAUAUCUUCAAAUAACAAGCUGUCCCACUGCUCGUCAUAAGUAAAAUAACAUGAUCAAUGAGUAUCUCCUGACAAGCUGUCCUGCUACUUCUUAAGUAAUAUUGUUGAAAGUUUAUUAGUUGUCCCUUAGUAGUUGUCUGCAAUCUAUGUGUAAUGUUAAUAUCGUAGUCUGCAGCUUCUUAAGUCAGUAGUACUCAUUUUCGGCCUUACUGUCUUCCCUUCUGAUAGUGUCGUACUUACUUUCGUCCCUCUAAAUAUCAAAGCGCCGAACAUGCUGCACCACUUGCGUGGCACCAGCAAGGCAGCGGCAAAGGCAGAUGUUAAGGCUAGUAAGUAUGUAGUCUCAUCCUCAUUCACUCCCCCUUCACCUAUGUUGGAACCGAGACGAGGCCUUUAACUCGUUCACUUUUUAGAUAGCCUUGCUGCUCUUUCCUUUUUCCUCUGCCGGCCUUACUUUUUUGUUGUUGUUCCUGGGUCUAUUAUUCCCGCCCACCCUGAGCGAAGUGCGCAAUCAUUCACGGUCAUAGGACUCAGUGGAAGCCUGCUCAUGGGAUCUUUUACACUCACUAGGUAUUAGGCCCCAAGAGUAAGCGUAAGGAACCUAGUAAGAGUAAGACUAAGCCAAAGUAUGUAUUACGCGCUACGCAAGACGAGUAAGCUUAACGAACCUAGAGGCUCAACUCUAAACGAGCCGAACCAUCCUAAACGAGCCUGAGGGCUUUUAUCUUUUGUUAGGCAGUGACAAUCUAAGCAAAAGGUUAAUAUGGUUAUUCUGGUCUUCGUGUUUGGAGGAAACAGCAAAGGAAAGGACCUACUUUUCGUGAGGAAUAAGCCCCCCCGGGCUUGGGCUUCUACUCUUUACACUAUAUUAUUACACUAUAUUACCUCGGGGGGUGAAUCCUUUCCACUCAUCUCCUAGUCAAAAGUUAGAAGAUAGCUUUAGGGCCAUCUGCUAGUCAAGAAUUAGUGGUCGUCAUCUUCUAGUCUUAUGAAUAGAUACUCGUAUUAGAACGAGGCGGACCAGAAGGAUAUUUUGACUUUUAGUCAUCACUUUAGUUACCACUUAGUAAGGUACUGUUUAAUGGGCCAGGACCAGGAGUCUGAGGGGCUCAAUGUGAAGGAUCCCGAACCUAACCUAGCCUUAAUCUUAUGUAUGACGCAGUCACUUCCUGCAUAAGUAGCAAAAAGAUGAACCUGGUAACGUACCUCAGUUGACUUGUUCUUGAGAUAGGUCUCAGCUCUUUGUCCUUAGUUAACAUCAGACCUAAACUAGGUCGUUCUUGUUCCUCUUGAUAAUCGUCUAAAAAGGACGACGACGGCUCAUGCUGUUAGCAGGAGCAGCCUUCGGAGAAGUAGAAGUAGGAGCUGCCUUCGGAGAAGUAGAAGUAGGAGCAGCCUUCGGAGAAGUAGAAGUAGGAGCAGCCUUCGGAGAAGUAGAAGUAGGAGCAGCUUCGGAGAAGAGAUGGGAUGUCCUGCUUCAGGGAUUAGUAGAGGACACCGAAUUUGCAUUUAUUUUCAAGAAAACAAAUCUCAACACACAGGAUGAAUUAAAGCUCAGCACCACUUUGUUUUCUUUCAACAAUUAUUCUUUGCAACAAAAAAUAUAGACGCAUCAUAUGAAAUAAGUAUCUAUGAAUAAUUAAAAAUAGCACGCGAAUAAAGAAUCGCAUCAGCAAACCUAAGUAUUAGUUACACGCGAACCAAGCAAAAACAUAAGGAUAAGACUUUUGUUAUUAAGAGUCAGGAGAGGAAAUGAAUUAUUUUGCGAAAGUCAGGAGAGGAAAUGAAUUAUUUACUUCGCAACGUAAUGUGCAUGAACCAUUUCUUAUUUGUCAUUUACAUUAAUUUUCUUUUGCGUCGCAGCAUAAAAGGAUAAAACUAUAGCGUUACGGGAUGUAUGACUUCAUCACCACUACGUGAUCCAUUAUUGCCAUAUGAUCACUACUAUUGCGUCGCAACAUGAACCUACAGCGCGUUGUCUAUCACUACAGCACACCGCGGCACCAUCAGAAAAUAUUGUGAUCAACUAGCCGGCUUACAUCGACUUCAAAUAUAAGGGUUUACUUAGUUGUUGAUCUAUCUUACAUUUAUGACAACCAACUAGAACAGGUAGCACAUCCAUGAAUGAAAUCGAAAAGGAUCAUUCCACUCGACUACGACUACAUCUUCAAGUGAAGUAGAUCUUCAUCGAAAUAUUCACACCUACGGAAAAGCUACCCCAUCUUAUGUAUGACGUACUGCGCAACUAGUAGGAGCGGAGGUAGCAGUAUCCGUGCCAAGACAUGAGUCAUGGGAUCGCGGCAGCUUGUGCCGAGUUGUUUGGUAAAAAGUGUAAGUAAGUAUGUAAAUGUAUGCACUGUUAUCAAAAAGGCAGUCUGCGCCGAACCUUGUGCGAGAUUUAUUGUAUUGCAUUAUCUAUCACACGCAGAGAACGAGAAGAUGCGCCAUGGAUGUAUAAAUUGAUUCUGAAAUAUAUAAAGAUAAAGAACGGCACAAAAGAAAUGUUUGUGAACACCAAAUAGAUGGCCUGGGCGCUAAGGAACACCAGAUCGGACCUUCUUCUAUGUUUGUAGGCGCAAGAUCAUCUGAUUAGUGACGAAUCACCCCAAGGAUCCAGCUCGCCGCCUGUUCGAUCCUUGUCCGUGGUUCUGAUAUCCGUCGUAAUUUGUUUUUCUAUGUGCUUGACCGUAAACAUUUACAUUCGUCGCUCUUUGUACAUAAGACGAAACAUCCAUAUUUAUUAGGACUUGAAAAGGGGUAGUUAGCUAUAUAAAAAAAUGGGUAUCCGGCUUAAGUAAAUUCCUAGUCUGGUACG